UCUGACUGUUUCCACCCUUGGUCUCUCUCUCUGUUGUCUCCAUCCCAUCCCUUUUUGGGCUUCAACUGUAACAGUUGUCAGUUCUGCCCACAGCCAGGCCAGGGUUAACAGGGAGGGAGAUCUCAUUUCAUUUCCUGCCUCCACCCUCCAAUUAAAAUUGGUCCUUUUGCAUCUCAUUUCUACUUCCUUCGGGUGUGUGUCUCAGUCCCCAGACCAGUGAUCUCCAGGCCUGGAGCCUUCUAGGGGAGGCGGACCCGGACCCAGACCCGGACCCGGACCCGAGAGCCUUCCCAGUCACAGGUCUGAACUUGACCCUUCAUACCAAGUACCAUGGCCCUGGCCCUGACCAGCAACCCACAGGAGGCAUUGCUUUUGGCCUUGAGUGACCUUGAUGAAAAUGACUUCAAGAUAUUAAAGUUCCACUUACGGGACAGAACCCUGCUUGGGGGCCAGGGGCUGGCCCGAGGGGAGCUGGAGGGCCUGAGUCGGGUGGACCUGGCUUCUCGGCUGGUUUUGAGGUACGGAGCGCAGGAGGCUGUGAAAAUGGUGUGCAAGGUGCUGCAGGUCAUGAACCUGUUAGAACUCGUGGACCAGCUCAGCCACAUCUGUCUAAAUGAUUACAGAGAAACAUACCGAGAGUACAUACGCUGCCUGGAGGAGAGGCAAGAAGAGGGAGUCAGCCGCACCUACAACCAGCUGCUCCUGGUGGCCACUGCCAGCCUGGGAAGCCCUGAGCCUGAGCAGGAGCAGGGCUCUGUCACAGUGGAGGCUCUGUUUGAUCCGGGGGAGAUGCCCACCCCAGGCCCAGCCACAGUGGUGCUGCAGGGACCCGCUGGCACAGGCAAGACAACACUGGCAAGAAAAAUGGUGCUGGACUGGGCCACUGGCACGCUGUACAAAGACCGGUUUGAUUAUGUCUUUUACGUGAGCUGCAGAGAAGUGGUCCUGCUGCCGGAGGGCACGCUGGACCAGCUCCUGCUCUGGUGCUGUGGGGACAGUAAGGCGCCCGUCACCGAGAUCCGGAGGCAGCCGGAGCGGCUCCUGUUCAUCCUGGAUGGCUACGAUGAGCUUCAGAGGCCCUUUGCCAAGAGGCUGAAGAGGCUGGGGCCCAGCCCCGCGCAGGACACGCUGCGCCGGCUCAUCCGGAGAGAGGUACUGCCCACGUGCUCCCUGCUCAUCACCACGCGGCCCCUGGCUCUGCGGAACCUGCAGUCCUUGCUCAGACAACCGCGCCAUGUCCACGUCCGAGGCUUCUCUGAGGAAUCGAGGGAGAAGUAUGUCCAGUCCUAUUUCACAGAUGGGGAGCAAGCCCAGAAGGCCUUUGACUUCAUACGUGGAAAUGAGGUUCUCUACCAAGCAUGUCUGGUUCCAGGCAUCUGCUGGGUGGUCUGCUCCUGGCUGAAGGGGCAGAUGGAGAGAGGCGGGGAGGUCUCAGAGACUCCCAGUAGUGGCACCGACAUCUUCAUGGCCUACGUCUCCACCUUCCUGCCGCCCAGUGACAACGAGGAUCCCUCCGAGCUCACCCGAGACAGGGUCCUGAGGGGUCUGUGCUCCUUGGCAGCCGAGGGGAUCCAGCACCAGAGAUUCCUGUUUGAAGAAGCUGACCUCAGGAAGCACAGCUUAGAUGGGCCCAGCCUGGCUGCUUUCCUGAGCAGCCAGGAUUACCAAGAGGGGCUUGACAUCAAGAAGUUCUACAGCUUCCGCCACAUCAGCUUCCAGGAGUUUUUUCACGCCAUGUCCUACCUGAUGAAAGAGGACCAGAGCCAGCUGGGGGAAGAGUCCCUCAGGGAGGUGAACAGGCUGCUGGGUGACAGGGAGCAGGCGGCGGGGGAGGAGAUGACCCUCAGCAUGCAGUUUCUAUUGGACAUAUCGAAAAAAGAGAGCUCCUCCAACUUGGAGCUCACGUUCUGCUUCAAAAUCUCCCCCUCGAUAAAGCAGGAUCUGAAGAAUUUCAAAGAGCAGAUGAGCUCUCUAAAGCAUAGCAAGACCUGGGAGUGGGACUUCUUCCUGAAUGAGGCUAAAAUGAAGAGUCUGGCAAACUGUGUUCAGAUGAGCAAUGUGGCGAUUAGGAUGGAACAUUCAAAUGAAAAGAAAUCCCACAGCAAGAGCUCAUUUUCUGUCAAAACCAGCUUGAGUGAUGCCAAGAAAGAGGAGCGAAAAUGUCUAGUUGUGAACGAAGGGAAUGUAGCAGGGACACAGAAGCAGGCUGCUAAUGGGAAAAGCAGAGGGAAGAGGAACUAGAGACCAGGAUGGUAGAGGUAGGAGUAGGACAGGAAGCACACAAAUGGAGACACUAGAGCUGAUGGUGGGGUGGAGAGACAGAGGGAGAGGGCAGACCGUAGAAAGGAAUGGAGAGAUGUGAGAUUGAGUUAAUGGGCACAAGGAGUGGAAGGACAGGAUAACAAAUAGAAAAAAGAAAUAGAUAGAGGGUCAAGAGAUUUGGAACAUAGGACGUGGGGAGAGCCAUGUGGAAUGAGUCCUUAGGAACAACCACGUGUCAACAGUGGCUCAGGGUUAGUUGUUUAGCACCGCCUACCCCCCAAGGCUGUUUGUAAAUUCCCCAAAUGUAAUCUUAUGAGGGCCUGACAUUUGACUCUUUCCUAUAAAAAUAAAUUCCUUAAUAUAAUAAAAUGUGGAUUGUGCUCACUCUAUAAGAUAAUGUGAAGCAUAUCAAUGUCAGCAUUUAAAGGAAAUGUACUGUGAUAUAAUGCAAUGUCCCAUUGACUCUGUAUUUGUGAUCAAUUGCUGCUUAAAUAGUAUCUUUCCAUCUUUCUAGAAGCUUCUAGAAUUUCCAUGCUGGAAAUGAGCGAUGGCUUGUCACAGACAUUUGGUCUUAGAAGCUAUACUGUGACUUCACUUACCUCUAUGGCAUAGAGUCUAUGCUAAUAACAUGCCACUGUUGUCUCCAGCUGUACCAUUAACUGACUUCCUUUUUGGAAAGAGCAGUCAUUUUUAAGCACUAAUCAAAGCAUUUUCCUGUUUUGGUUCCCUCUGUAUAUAAAAGAAGAAGAAGAAAAGGGAUUAUAGAUGUAGGUGUGGUCAGGUCCCAACCCUCAUUUCACAGAUGAGGAAACUGAAAUUCAGUCAGGAGCCCCAUUCAUUUCUGGGGUUUGUAGACGCUCUCAGAGACCCUGUGCAGGCACGUGAACCUAUCCCCAUCCUGCUGUUGCUGCUGGCUCCAGUGCAGCUGAGAGCGAUGCUGCCUCGAACUCCCCGUAUCCCACAGAAAGUACAGACGCUCCUCACACAUUUUUACUGCUGUCAUGACUCUUCAUGAGCUGAUUCCACAUGUGCCAAUUGCAGCAAUCUGCUGCACGUGCCCAUACAUCUGAAUCCAGGAAACUCAGCCCUGACCGGUCAGCUUCCUAUGCCAUGAGAACAAUUAUUAUGAAGUCUUCUUCUCACAGGAAGCUUGGUGGCUCUACAUUUGGUAAUAAUAUUCAUAGCAUGUUGAACACAGACUGCUUGUGUAUAUAGAAUGUGUAAGAAACAAUAUGUGUGUCUAUAUACUUCUUUAAAGAGAAAUUUGUGCUGGAUUACUGAAGAGGCUAGUUGGCACCCACUGGGCUAGGCUGUGUUGACCCUAAAGAACUUGGAUGUUGUCGGCAGGCCAGCUCUUGGAUGUCGUAGAGAAUUUGGGAACAAUGAAACAGGUGCCCAGCCACACUGCUGGGUUUUCAUGUGGCCCAAGAGUUCUAUUUUAUAAAAACAUGGUUCUAACUCCAAUUGGGGUUUAGAGAAGGUAUUUCACUUAGGAUUCACAUCCAAUUCAAACUAACUUUAACAAAAAUAAAUGACUUACUGUAUUCAUUUAUAUAAAAAAAAACUGACUUCCGGUUUUAGGCACGUCUUGCUCAUUCUAACAGUAUCAUCAAGGCUUUCACUCUCUCUCCUCUCCGUCCUGGUUAGAGUUACCUUUCUUUGGCUCUCAUUUCAGAAAGUAAUCUUCACCCGGAACCGUCUUUACAGUCAAUAAUCCCAAAGGAAGAGAAGACGUUUUACUAAUGGCUGUAGCAAGGAGCUGGGGGAGGGUAUGACUGAGCCUGGUAUGUGCCACACCUUGCACAGUCCCUGUGGUCUGGAAGAUGAGCUCUGAUGGGCUAGACCUGAGUUUCAUGGCUUAGGUCACAUGGCCAUACUUUCUAGGUCACUCUGCCACACCCCUAGGGCUGAGUACGAAAGGAUCAACACCUCCAGAAAUGCAUGGAAUGGGAGAGUGACUCCUAAAGGAAAGGAUUUUGAACAGAAAAAAAUAAUAUGUCACACAGCUAUGUACACAGACACAGUGUGUCUGAUGGACUGGGGUUCCCUGAGGGAGCAUGACCCUCUGUGCAGAAAUGCAAUCCCUUCCUUAUCUACUGAUCCCACUGCCUGCUGAUGGGACUCACUCCUGCUUUUCUUCUUAUUUCGCUAAGAGACUCAGGAAGAUGAUAAGCUCUGUGUGUCAUACUUGCAGGUCCCAAUGAGUGUCCUACGACAGAGGGGACUGAAGCGUCCACGUAGGGCUCUUAGCAAUGCCUUUAAAGUCAGACUCUCAGCCUGUUCAAUGAAGGGAGAGUCAAUCCAGAGAAUAUCCCUUCAUUAGUAGAAUAUGUGGCUAUUCAUCCCUUGGAUCCUUUUAUACCCUUUCCCCCAUGAUUUCUGGGCUUGGGAACCAGGCCUCAAACUGUGCAGAGUCCUUGAAGUGAUUCAUUUAUGGACUUCUCCUUGGCCUGGUUUCUGUUUAUUCUCCAUUCUUCCUUUUACCAAGAUUUGAAAUCCUCUCUUCUUCAUGCACCACAUCCAGUCCUCCAGCACUAUCAAUGCACCCCCUAAAGUAUUUCUUGUUUUGUUCAUCCUUUCCACCCUCUCUAUCCAUCCUUCCAGUCUGUCUUGCCAAAACAACUAAUA